CUAUCUGUCACAUCGUUCCUUCGUUUAUCUCUACGGCCCGUUUGUAUGUUCCUUUACCACAAGGCAGUUUUUACGGGCCGCAAAUCUGUUUUUGUUGGAUCUUUUCCCCUUUUCCCUACUACACUUGCUGAUUAACGCCUUCAAUUACGCUGAAGAUAGCCAACACAUCUGCUGUUUCCUGUUCCAGCAACGACACACAACACUACACUUCAAUCAGUUCUGCGGUCUCUGCACGGAAUUUCGCCCUUCUCAAUCAAACUGCGUGAGUAAUCGAAGUUGAAAACCAGGACAACGUAAGUGUUUUCUUCAGCAGCAAUUUGGAAAGCAGCGACGGCACGCAAAAACAUUCCAAUCUACGCCCCAAAAAUACUACCUUCCAAUGAGGUGAACGUCCAAUUAAAAAGAAAAAAACACAAGCCGCAAAGCAAUUAACGCCUCCUAGAGGCAACAACAAUGAGUGCAUAGCUACACAUUUGUAUCCUACCCUCCAGCUUGCUAACCAUUUCCUACACUAUCCUUGCAUAAUGGAUAACCCGUUCGAUAUGCACGAUAAAGAGUCAGCUUCCGGUGCCUUCCUUCUACCGACGGACGGUGAAAUUCUCGAAGGGUUUCUCUGUCCCAUCUGCAAACGGGAUCUUCGCACACCGGAACGGUUGACGGUGCACGUAGAGCACGAACAUUCGGAGGAGCAGGAUCUGCUGAAAUCGUUGAAGGAAAUUUUUAGUAUCGCCCGGCAGGGUAUACUAUCCAAAGGGAAGAAGAAACCAUCGCAGCCGGGCGGAACCGAUGGCAGCGAACCGUCCGCACCCAGACUCGGUUCGGAGUCGGGUGUGGCGAUCGGUAGUGCCGGUACGGCUAACAAUCCGCUACUGCAGCCCGGCUGUAACCAGACGAUUGGUUGCAGCUGUGAGCAUAUGGCGUACUUCAAGGCGGUCCGUAGUCCCCGGUUGGAACGGUACGCGGCCGAAACGAACAAACUGAUCAUCCGGUUGGACAAGCUGCUGGACGGUCUGCCGACCGAGCCGGACCAGAAGAAGCGCCAUGAGCAGAGCAAGGUGCCGUGGAUCGACGGUAAACUGGUGAAGCUGUGCCCGACCUGUGCGAAGAGUUUCGGUAUCACGCGCCGACAGCAUCACUGUCGGGUGUGUGGUUCGGUGAUGUGCGAAAGCUGUUCACGCUAUCUGACGCUGGAAGAAGCGGGCCGGCUAGUGAACCCGACCGCCAUUAGCCCGGCAUCCGCUGUACCGCUACAGGCCCAAUCGGAUGCGCAACCAGUGAACGAAACGAGUCACUUUCGGGUGUGCGAACACUGCAUGCGGCUGCUGCUGAUCCGGAUGGAAAUGCAGGACUGGAAGCGCGAGCGUCCACUGGUGCGGCAGUAUUAUGAAACGCUGCGCCGGGAGCGUACCGACAUUGAACCGCACAUCGGCAUGUAUCGGCGCAUUUUAGACAGUUUGUACGACGGUGACGUCAUUUAUCGACUGUCGGACGCAUCGACGCUGCGGGAAAAGAUUGGUCGGUCGGCGGAAAAGCUGGACAACGUGAGUAAAAGCUUGCAAACGCUUCGUUCGGCGGUCGGUAGCCGGGAGGAUGCGCUCAAGAAAGCUAUCCGGCUCGGGUGCAUCUCGUACAUCAAGGAGCAGAUGCUGUCCAUCCCACCGCUUCCGGUCGAGGAGGAGAUAAAGAAGGUACAGCUGCGAAAGCGGCAAGAAACGGAACGUCGGCUAGAGCGGGAACGGCAGCUUGCGCUGGAAGCGUUCGAGCGGCUAGAGCUACAGUCGGGCGGUGGCAGCGUGGACAGCAGCUUGCAUGACCGGCAGAAUGGAAGUUCCUCCAGUUCCAGCACCGCCUCAACGGCGGAAAUGACGAACGGGCGGUACGGUGCGGCCGUCUCGACGAUGGACAACUGGACCGGUACACAAACCGGUCCAACGUCAAACGCUACGUCCGAUCCGCUCAUCGAUCAGAUUAACAUCGUCAAGGGUUACAUCCGGCAGGCACGGGCAGCACUCCGGUUCGAAGAGGUUGCUACACUGGAGCGUAAUUUAAGCGAACUCACGCAAGAGUUCUACUACCGACAGCGGUCGGAACCAGUCGAUACCAAACCGAUACCGGAAGCGCAGUAAGGAAGUAGGAGCGCGGGUAACAUUUGCUCGUGUGCUUGUUUAUUUAUUCCAUUAAUAAAACGAAUAUAUUACUAUUUGAUCAAAUUAA